AUUAGGACACAUGAGCCUGUGGGUGGGGUGGAGCAAGUUUUCAGUAUUUAAUAUCUGAAGUCAAAUUAAAACAGGUGUAGCUAAGCAUGGCUGUCCAACAGUUUGUCUACUGUGUCUCUGUGAUGACCAUUCUCUUAUAUAAAGGUGCACAUUCACAGAUAUCCGGUGUGUCCAUCAGAUUAGCUGGGUCUGGAUCAACUCGAUGCUCUGGCAGAGUUGAAAUUUAUUACAAUAACAGCUGGGGAACAGUCUGUGAUGAUGGCUGGGACUUAAAUGAUGCUGAGGUGGUUUGCAGACAGUUAAACUGUGGAACGACAAUGGAGGCUCCUCAAUCAGCACGCUUUGGUGCAGGAACUGGACAGAUUUGGCUUGAUAAUGUGACCUGUUUAGGAAAUGAAAGUUCUCUAACUGACUGUCAGCACAGUGGAUGGGGAAUAAACAGCUGUGGACAUGGUCAGGAUGCUGGUGUCAUCUGUUCAGAUCUGAUCCGAUUAGCUGGGUCUGGAUCAACUCGAUGCUCUGGAAGACUUGAAAUUUAUUACAAUAACAUCUGGGGAACAGUCUGUGGUGAUGGCUGGGACUUAAAUGAUGCUGAAGUGGUUUGCAAACAGAUAAACUGUGGGUCGGCACUAAAGGCUCUGCGAUCAGCUCCUUUUGGUGCAGGAACUGGACAGAUUUGGCUUGAUAAUGUGGCCUGUUCAGGAAGUGAAAAUUCUCUAACUGAGUGUCAGCAUCUUGGAUUUGGAGUGCACAACUGUCAACAUGGUCAGGAUGCUGGUGUCAUUUGUUCAGAUUUGAUUAGAUUAGCUGGCUCUGGAUCGACUCGAUGUUCUGGAAGAGUUGAAUUUUAUCACAAUAACAUCUGGGGAACAGUCUGUGAUGAUGGCUGGGACUUAAACGAUGCUCAGGUGGUUUGCAGACAGUUAAACUGUGGGACGGCACUACAGGCUCCUCAAUCAGCUCACUUUGGUGCAGGAACUGGACAGAUUUGGCUUGAUAAUGUGACCUGUUCAGGAAAUGAAGAAUCUUUAACUGAAUGUCAACACAGUGGAUUUGGAUCAAACAGCUGUGGACAUGGCCAGGAUGCUGGUGUCAUUUGUUCAGGUCCAAUCAGAUUAACUGGAGCUGGAUCAACUCGAUGUUCUGGCAGAGUUGAAGUUUAUCACAAUAACAGCUGGGGAACAGUGUGUGGUGAUGGCUGGGACUUAAAUGAUGCUGAGGUGGUUUGCAGACAGAUAAAUUGUGGGACGGCACUACAGGCUCCUCAAUCAGCUCACUUUGGUGAAGGAACUGGACAGAUUUGGCUCAGUGAUGUGACCUGUUCAGUUAGAGAAAGUUCUCUAACUGAGUGCCAACAUCUUGGAUUUGGAUCACACAACUGCACCCAUCAUCAGGAUGCUGGUGUCAUCUGUUCAGAUCUGAUCAGAUUAGCUGGAUCUGGAUCAACUCGAUGUUCUGGAAGAGUUGAAAUUUUUUACAAUAACAUCUGGGGAAGAGUCUAUGAUAAUGGCUGGGACUUAAAUGAUGCUGAGGUAGUUUGCAGAGAGUUAAACUGUCAGGAAAGUAAAAAUAUUCUUCAUGUCAGAUCUGAUCAGAUUGACUGGAGCUGGAUCGACUCGAUGUUCUGGAAGAGUUGA